ACCCCCCUACCACGCCAGCACUAUCGCAAUGCCGCCUCGAAUACCUGUCCGCUUUCCGUGGACAUCGCCGUCAGCUUCGGCACCGGUCAAUGGCUGGUCCAGCAGCCUCUGUGCCCGCGCUUUCUCCUCAACGCCCACUUCGCUCGCCCUUGGUCCGCAAUCACCAAACUACAUCGAGGUACCCAAACCGCUACAGCCCACAUUCCCUACCAAGCCGGUAGUAAAAGGCCACCUCCCAAUCCCGCGAGAUGUCUUCAAAACGAGAAAUGCACACCCGAAGGAGUCGGCCACGUUCCUUGACCGAAGCACGCGCACACCCAAGACCGUGAAAGCGCCAGGGCCAUACAGCAGAGACGCAGACUACCGGCUAUAUAAGCAAAGACUGGCAGACAAGCGAAGGGCAGCGCUGCAGGAUGGUGUCAAAGAGUUACAUGAGCGAAAAGUCACAUCGGAUGCACAGUACCUCUCCAAGAUUCAAGCGAUUGGCGCCUUCAGACGAAAGGUCGCCCUAGCACCACCACGCGAAGUCGAUGUCUUGACACAAACAUCCAUCUCCAAGGGCAUUCGCGACUUCCUCACCGACGCACUCCCUGCCUCCUCGCGCUUAGACAUCACCAACGCUCGCCGUCAAGCCUACAGAGCCCGCGUGGCCAAGGUGCAGGCUGUACGUACUUCGCGCCUACACGAUUUAUACACCAACGCGCGAGAGUUCAUUGUAGAUGAGCAACAGCUCGACGAGGCCAUUGAGAAGGCAUUUGGAACCGAGGAGUCGCCCAUUGGCUGGGACGUCAAGGGUAACAUGGGCCCAAGGCAAGAGGGCAAGGAAGGUUUGAGCCCGUGGCAUGGACCGAUGCCCGAGGGCGUGGGCGAUAUGCUGCAGAAGCUCAAGGGUGGUGAGGGUGUUGGGCUCGCCAAGGAGAGGGUUAAGAAACUUGCUGAGGAGCUUACUGGUGGUAAGAUGUAAGAUGCAUACAGACGAUAAGAGCUUGUACAAUGAUAGCAUGUCGUGUAUAGUAGGAGGUACUAGGACCAUUUUGUUAUAAGCAUCGCGCGGCGCGCACAAGCGAAUCACACGUUAUUGCAAAGGCCUUCGUCCAUUUUAUUGGCUAUCGUCUUCAAGCAUCAUUACUGCCUAUUGCAUCGAUUUCUCUACUAUUCAAAAUAUGCUACUAGCUGACCAAGCCAGAUUCUGUGCGCUACCGUUGUAAGUACCAGCCCUCCGUUGACAAUGCUAUAUUGAAUCUUACUAUAUCCUCGCUAGUCUAGCCACCUAUAUACCUCGCCAAACAAUAACAGAGC